CUCCGAGUUGAGUUGGAGAUUGCCAGGCUCGAGUCAGACAAGAUGCACUGGACUUCAGCAAUUGUGUUUCCGGCGCUGUUGGCGCUCGGCGCAGCGCAGCAGCAGCGCCCCCUGUCAGAGGCCAAUCAUUCUGGCUCAUCGCAGCAUGCCAGCGCUGACGCUCCGUCUUAUCGGGGCGAGGUGCUCCAGCUGCUCGAGUCGCUGGUCUCCAUCCCAUCCAUCAGUGGUGAGGAGAACGAGGUCGGCAGCUUCCUCGUCGAUUUUCUCAAGCACCAGGGCUUCAAGGUCGACAUUCAAUUCGUCCCUCCGCCAAAUGACAAGCCUGAUGUGCCCGAUAGGUUCAACAUCUUGGCAUGGCAUGGAGACCGCAAGUCCAACUACAAGACACUGGUGACGAGCCAUAUUGACACGGUCCCUCCCCAUAUUCCAUGGGAAAUCGAAAAGGGACAUGUUUCAAAGGACACCGUCAUCAAGGGCCGAGGAACAACUGAUGCCAAAGGCAGCGUCACUGCCCAGCUCGUGGCGGUGAACCACCUGCUUUCGACGAACAAGCAUGUCAACCCCGAGGACAUUAUUCUGCUUUUUGUUGUUUCGGAGGAGACUUCCGGCGACGGAAUGAGAGCCUUUAGCGAUUCGCUCAAGCACAUGAACCCUCCUCUUUCUUUCGACUCUGCCAUCUUUGGCGAGCCCACGGAGAACAAGCUGGCCUGUGGCCACAAGGGCGCUCUUUUCUGCACUGCCGAGGCCAAGGGCAAGGAUGCCCACAGCGGCUAUCCCGAGCUGGGCAAGUCGGCCAACGAGCUGAUGAUUAGGGCCAUGAACAAGAUCUUGGAUGCAGAUCUGGGGUAUAGCCCUCUCUUUGGCAAGACGACAUUCAACGUCGGCCGAUUUGACGGUGGCGUCGCUUCCAACGUCGUUCCAGCAAAAGCUUGGGUGGACAUCUCGGCUCGUGUUGCUGUUGGAUCGGAGAAGGAGGGCCAGAAUGAUGUGCGCAAGAAGAUUUACGAUAUUCUUCAAGAAACAGACCCCGAGGCUUUCACCUUGAACUGUUCUCAUGGAUAUGGGCCGUAUGAAAGCAACUGCGAUGUUGAGGGAUUCGAGCAAAUUGUUGUCAACUACGGCACAGAUAUUCCCAAUCUGGAGGGCGACUAUGUCCGUUAUUUAUAUGGACCAGGUAGCAUUCUCGUUGCUCACGGUGACCACGAGUACGUCACCGUCGGCGAUUUGGAGAAGGCGGUUGAAGACUACCAGAAGCUGAUCCUUCACACGCUGGGCCAAUGAGGAGAUUCCAAGUCAUAGUCGGGUAAUUUUACGAAAUUUAAUCUAUUGAACACUAGA